GCGGGCGGGGAGGGGGAAGGGGCGCCCGGCGAUGGAGACGAAGGGCUCCCCGUCCUCGUCGCUGUCGUCCUCGGGGGGCGGCCGGCCCGUGAAGGGCAUCCUCAAGAACCCCUCCAGCAUCUCCGGGAUGGGCCUCGGCGCCGGAGUGGGCUCGGGCGUGGGCUCGGGCUCCGGCCUGGGCCUGGCCUCCCCGUCCCGGGCCAGCCUGCACCGCGGGAGGGAGGCCGACGAGGCCGAGAAGCGCGCCCGCCAGAUGGAGGCACGCCCCAGCGCUGAAGGGAAGAAGUCUGCCAAGUGGGACGAGAUGAACAUCUUGGCCACCUACCACCCGGCUGGGAAGGACUACGGCCUCAUGAAGAUUGACGAGCCCAGCACCCCCUACCACAGCUUGGUGGUCGAUGAGGAGGGUGAGGGACACAGCGACGAGGAGCAGGAGACCCCCACUGCCGACCUCCUGGCCCGAAAGUUGGCGGCAGCGGCGGAAGGCAAGGGGCCGAGGGCCUUGGCCCAACAGGAAGAGAGCAGCGAUGAAGACGAAGACGAUACAGAGCUCUCCCCGGAGGAACGAGAGAAAAAGAGGCAGUUUGAAAUGAAGAGGAAGAUGCAUUACAACGAAGCCCAGAACAUCAAACUGGCCCGGCAGCUGAUUGCGAAGGAGCUGCAAGGAGGAGGAGGCGGCAACGAGGAGGAAGACGAGGACGAGGACGAAGAUGAGGAUGAGGACGAAGAGAUGCGGGACACCACAGACUUGGGGGGGAUGAGCCCAGAGCUUGUCCCCGCUGCUGCUCCUGCUCCUCCUGACCCGCUCGAGAGCAUGGCACACGGCCUGGAAGAGGUCUGCUCGGGACUGUAGAGCCAGCAGGCCCUUGGGCUCCUCCAGUCACACUUCUCCGUCGUGGCCCACCCUGCGGAGUGGCCCGCUUGCACUGUUGUAUUGCCAAGAAAGCAGUUGAUUAGCCAUCGAGACUUUUCUGUUAGGGGCCGGAGACGGUGGUCUCAGAAGGCAGCUUCGUGUAAAAUCUGUGGCCCCCCCGGCUCAUUCGCACGGCUCCUCUUCUAGGUCUGAGGCCCCCAGCGCCACCUGCUUCCUGUUCUUCCCUGUGGCCGCUGGUGUGCUAGACCCUCCCGUGAGGAGGGGGAGAUUCCCCUUGCCCUCCUCUCUCUGCCACCCGCUCCCCACCUGCACCCACCGCCUCCAGUGUGGCUCCGUGAGAAAGAGCGGCUGCGUUGAACCAGGCAAGGGGCUGGGGCUUCCUCUGGCCCUUUGUGGUGGUGCUGGGGAUGUUAGAGCUGGGGAACCACGAGCUCACCCCAAUACGCCGUGUAGCUUCCUUCAUGUGUCUCCUCAGCUGGUUUUUGUUCUUCCGUGGCUCUUUUCCGUCCCUGUGGUCUGCCUCUCUGCCACCCGAGGCAUUCAAUCGCCGUGCCACUCUGCCGGGGUUCAGGGAGGGGGGAUCGGGUAGGCCCCCGGCCCCUCCUUGGGACUGCUGGGCACUGCUCUGUCAGCCUGGGAGUUGGCUUCACUCGGAGAGGAGAGGAGCGGCUGUGUGGGGGGAAGCCGCGGGCCAGGAAGGGAGGGGCUGGCUUGGUCUUCCUUCUGACUGCACUGGUUUGGUCAAAAUUCCGUAUGUUUGCAAAACUCUGUAUGACUGUGUAGACCUAUUUUAAGGUGACUUCUUGUUGUGCAUCCGAAUAACACCUUGAGGUAUUUUA